AAUUUCAUUGAAGGGAAGAACAUCACGAUGGUCUCCUCCACCUCACCGAGAGGCAUCGCCCUGCAACGGGCCCAGGCGGACCUAAUGCGCGACCGUAUCACGAGGGUCUGGGAAGACUACCGGGAUCUCACCAACUACUUCUCUAUUGAGAUAUCGUCACAGAGAAUGUAUAAGUUGAGACAUUUCUUGGAAUCCGAGCUUCUCUCUCUUCAUGGCCAGCCGUUCGAGUUCUACGACCAGCAAGACAAGGUUGACUAUCUGCUAUUGCAAAAUUACCUCCAGAGACAGCUUCGCAGCAUCGAGCUCAAUACCAAACUGGACGAAAAUGCAAAGCCGUUGUUCCCGUUCAGUGAGAGCAUUGUGAGUUUGUGCGAGGCACGAGCAGCGGUCGUUCCCCUGCAGCCGAAGCAUGCCGCAGAGCAGCUGUUUGAAACGCGAAAACAGAUAGCGGAUGUGACGGCUGGCGUGGAGAAGGGCGAGUACGCCUCGAUGACGAAGUCUAGCGCUUUUCGUGGAGCGAGAAUAAUCGAUUCUAUGCGACACCAUCUCGAGGAGUGGUAUGGUUUCUAUAAAGGGUAUGAUCCCAUGUUCGAUUGGUGGGUGGUCCAGCCCUAUGAACAGGUAGACGAGUCCUUGAAGAAACUCGAGGAAACCAUUAAAGAGAAGCUCGUUGGCAUCACACCAGGCGAUGAAGACACCAUCGUGGGAGAGCCAAUUGGCCAGGAUGGACUCCUGGCAGAGCUAGAAGCUGAGGUGAUCCCGUACACACCGGAAGAAAUCAUCAAAAUCGGGGAGCGGGAGUUCACUUGGUGCGUCGACGAACUGAAGAAAGCUUCCCGCGCAAUGGGAUAUGCCGACGAUUGGCAGAAGGCACUGGAAAAGGUCAAGAACGACUACGUCGAGCCGGGACAGCAAACCCAGCUCGUCCGAACGCUCGCACAAGAGGCCAUUGCGUUCGUGGAGGACCAUCACCUCGUCACCGUGCCAGCUAUCGCCAAAGACACCUGGCAGACGUUCAUGAUGUCGCCCGAGCGCCAGAAAAUGAAUCCGUUCUUCCUAGGUGGCGAGUCGAUCAUCGUGUCCUACCCAACGGAUACAAUGGACCACGGAGCGAAGAUGAUGAGCAUGCGCGGCAACAACAUCCACUUCUCCCGCGCGACUGUCUUCCACGAGCUCAUCCCGGGUCAUCACCUCCAGUUCCACGUCAACGCACGCCACCGACCCUACCGCCUCUUAUUUGACACGCCGUUCUGGGUUGAAGGCUGGUCCCUGUACUGGGAAAUGAUUCUAUGGGACGACGAGCGAUUCAAGAAGACCCCGGAGAAUCGAAUGGGGAUGUUGUUCUGGCGACUCCACCGGUGUGCCCGUAUUAUCUUCUCGAUCAACUUUCACCUGGGCAAGAUGACGCCGGAAGAGUGCGUGGAAUUGCUGGUGCAGCAGGUUGGACAUGAGCGUGCUACUGCGGAGGGGGAGGUCCGACGGUCGCUAUCGGGCGACUAUUCACCGCUGUACCAGGCUGGGUAUAUGCUGGGAGCGUUGCAGAUCUAUGCCCUGCGCAAGGAGUUAAUUGAGACAAAUCUCGUCGAUGAGCUUGCGUUUCAUGAUCGCUUUUUGAGGGAGAAUAGGAUGCCGAUUGAGCUGUUUCGCGCGUUGAUGCUGAAUUUGCCGCUGUCGCGGGAGUAUCAGGCGAGGUGGCGGUUUUACGGCGAUCUUUAGUAUAUAUUAUCUGCUGUGAUAUAGCUUCUAGGCUUUUUUUGCAUAGCGGUGGUCGUGCCUAGCGUGGACGUCUUACCAUCGAGAAUGGAAGAAGGCGGUUUAAC